AUGGUCAGAGCAGUUCUGAAAAUGAAAGUUAGAGAAUUCGAACGAAAAGAUCAAGAUGCUGCUUUUGCUAUUUGGAAGCACGGAAUGAGCGUUGAUCUCAACAAGCACUGGAUGGACUGGAUUUUGAAUCAACAUCAUAUACGCGUUAUUAUUCUUUUGAUGCCCGUUUUUGUCCAUCACCUUGGCUUUUCGACGAGUCUUUUGCAAGGGCUGUUUUACUCGACUCUUCCUUCUGGAAUUCUUCUUGCUUUCUUGCGGCUAAUGGUACAUUUGACAAACAAAGAUUAUGUCAAAUCCAGAAAAGACAUGCUCGACAUUGAGACGCAUCAUGGAAAGCGAUUUCUCGUCGCAGAAGGGGACAAUGGAGAGAUUUUAGGAACGAUCGUUUAUGUUGAAAAACCACACAUCACUCAUUUCAAGGGAAAGAAAAUCGAAGGAAAAUCUUGGGAGAUGUUUUCCAUGAGCGUCAAACACAGCGCUCGAAGAUUGGGAGUCGCUCAUAAAUUGCUUGGUGACUUGGAAAUGAGAGCAAGAAAAGAAAACGUAGAAGUAAUCGUCUUUGAUGCUUCAACGCCCCAGGUUCCUGCUGUUAAAUUUUACAAGAAAUUCGGCUACGAUUGGGAGCUUGAAAACUUCCCGACGCUUGGCAGAAAAUUUCCUGAGAGGCAGAUUGCCGAUUUUUUCUUCUGGUUCUGCAGAAUGAACAUUAUUAAGUUUUACAAAAAAAUCUAA